AUGCUUCACAGACACCUCGAUCGUACACCCGAGGGACCAAUUCCUAUGCCACAUCCACCUACAGUGCCAUCCGGACAACAAAUGCCUGAGCUGCCCGCACAGGGGUCAAGUAGUAUACUCUCUACCCCGCCGUAUGGAUGGGGUCCAUCGCCCCAACGACUGGCUGCCAGGCAGGUAAUGCCACGAGAAUUGCCGACCUUCACCGGGAACCCUGAAGACUGGCCCCUCUUUAUAAGCUCGUACCAUACAAGCAGUCAAGCCUGCGGGUACACAGAUGCAGAAAAUUUGAUCAGGUUGCAACGUUGCUUAAAGGGUUCCGCUUUGGAUUCGGUGCGCAGCAGGCUUUUGCUGCCCGCAUCCGUACCCCACGUUAUCGCUACACUGCAGACACUGUAUGGGCGACCGGAGCUUUUAAUACACACUUUACUGCAAAAAGUGCGCGAGGUCUCAGCACCGAGGUCCGAUAAACUCGAGACAUUGAUAGGAUUCCGAAUGACAGUGCAAACUCUUUGCGAUCACCUGGAGGCUGGCGGCCAGAUGGCUCAUCUGAAUAACCCUAUCUUGCUGUUUGAGUUAGUCGAAAAACUACCGGGAAAUCUGAAACUAGACUGGGCACUACAUAAACAGCGUUAUGAUGCGGUAAAUCUGCAAACAUUUGCCCAGUACAUGACAACAUUGGUUUCAGCAGCUUCUCAAGUAACACUUCACAUUGACACAAAGCAACAGCGAGUGGGAAAACAGGAGAAAGGCAAAGAGAGAAGUUUUUGCGAUGCGCACGUGUCGGACGAGGUUUCGAACGCUGCUGUUGAUGAACGAUACCUAGAAACCGAGCAAAGACGAGCUACACGCCCAGAAUGCUUCGUCUGUAAGCAGGUCGAUCACAGGGUAAAGAAUUGUCCUCGUUUUGUCAAGAUGGCCUUGGAAAGCCGCUGGAAAGCAGUUAAUGAAAAUAGCUUAUGUAGGAUCUGCUUAGGGGCCCAUGGUAGACGCCCGUGUAAAAUAAAGAAGUUAUGCGGAAUUGGUGGCUGCCAAUUGAAACACCAUCCCCUCCUACAUACAUAUUCAAGUAAGCCUUGUGCUAGCCAGAAAGCCGUGACAUCGGAAGCCGUCACCAAUCAUCACCACUCUAAAAUUUCGAGCCUAUUUCGGAUUGUGCCAGUCGACCUAUACGGAAAUAAUCGCUCGGUUACAACUUUCGUCUUUCUGGAUGACGGAUCUUCGAUGACUUUGGUAGAUGAUAUAAUCGCGAAGCAGUUGGGGUUAGACGGGGAACGAGACCCACUUUGCCUACAGUGGACAGCAAACAUGAUAAGGUUGGAAAAAUGUUCGCAGCGUGUUUCAUUAGAAAUCACCGGCAGUAAGGUUGAGCAAAAAUAUCUGCUUUCCGAUGUACGGACCGUGAGCAGUCUGAACCUUCCGCGUCAGUCGAUUAAAUAUAAUCAGCUAUCCGAGCGAUACCCGCACUUGAAGGGCUUACCCGAGGACUAUGUUGACGCUGUACCGCAGAUACUAAUUGGGAAUAACAAUUCCCAUCUGAGUGCGAUGUUGAAAAUCAGGGAAGGACGGCAAACAGAUCCUAUUGCAGCAAAGAUCCGUUUAGGAUGGACGAUAUACGGUGCCGAGAAUAAUGAGCGUACCAGCUCAGCACAUAGCUUCCACAUUUGUCAGUGUAAUGAUGAUCGCACACUUCACGAUCUGGUAAAAGAAUACUUUUCGAUCGACAACAUGGGCGUUGCUCUAGCGGAAUGUCCAGAUUCCGACGACAAUCGGCGAGCUGGCCGAAUUCUUCGUGAAACUACUAAACGUGUUGGUAACCGCUUCGAGACCGGCCUUUUAUGGAAAUUUGACACGUUCGAGUUUCCUGACAGCCUCCCAAUGGCGAUUCGACGCAUGCAGUGCUUAGAAAGACGAAUGGAAAAAGAUUCGACAAUCGGCGCUAGUGUUAAAAGGCAGAUGCGUGAGUACUCAGAAAAGGGAUACAUACGAAAAGCCACUGCUGAAGAAUUGAAAGAGGCGGACCCCCGACGAACGUGGUAUUUGCCUUUGGGAGUGGUAUUAAAUCCCAAAAAGCCAGAGAAAAUAAGAAUAUUUUGCGACGCGGCGGCGAAAGUAGAAGGCGUUCCUUUGAAUUCGAUGCUGCUAAAGGGACCUGAUCUGAUGAGUUCACUGUCGACGGUGCUGUUUGGUUUUCGGGAGCGAAGGGUGGCCAUCUGCGCUGACAUCAAAGAGAUGUUCCACCAGAUAUUAAUUCGACACGAGGAUCGUCACGCCCAAAAACUUAUUUGGCGGGAUAGAUAUCCAGAAGCCGCAGUCGCUAUUACUAAGAGACAUUACGUCGACGACUAUCUGGACAGUUUGGAUGACGAGGACAAAGCAGUUCAGCUAGCACUGGAUGUUAAAUACGUACAUUCUAGAGUUGGGUUCCACAUAAGGAACUGGAUCUCGAAUUCUUCAAAUGUUCUGCGUCGGAUUGGGGAGGCCAAGGCAACUAAUCCGAAAAGUCUUGAUCUGGACGGAAACGGAUCCACCGAACGAGUUCUGGGAAUGCUGUGGCAUCCCAAACCUGAUUUUUUCACUUUUUCUACGACAAUGGCUGGGAGACAACACACCCCACCAAGCGGCAAGUGCUGCGAGCAGUGA